UUAUGCAAUUUCCGAGGUAUCUUAAACGCAUCACGCCAUUUUCUUUGGACCCGGAAGUAUAACGUAAAACGUAAACACAGCUGUGAAGGCUUCACGAACGAUGGUGUACGUGGCCAACGGUCAGGUACUGGACAGCAGGGCCCAGUCCCCCUGGAGCCUGUCCCUACUGACUGAUUUUUUGUGGGAAGCAGUGGAGUUUUUCAGCCUUUUUUUUAGGACAAUCAUAGACCCAGACCUGUCGAAGGAUGGAAGCAUCGCUUCAUCACGCUUCAGUGAUGGCAGAGGCCCUCCAGGUCCUCCUGGUGGCAGAAGGCGGAUGGGAAGAAUAAAUCAUCUUGCAGGUCCAACACCUCCACCCAUGGGUGGAGGAGGAUGAGGAAGGUAAACGCCUACACAUGCAGUGUAGGCGUGGGGCGUCACACCGUGUCUGUCUUCUGAGAACAGACAUCACAGUGCUGAAGCCCCUCCUCAUCAGCUGCUACUGUUAUUGACAGUUUCUUGAUGCCUUUCUGGGAAUUCCUAAACACGGGGGCCAGAGUGGUUGAUGCAGCAGCUCUCAGCAUCACUUCCCUAGUUUACAGCAACAUCAGUCUUUGUAUAAAUAUCUAUUACCAUUUUAGUUACAGCCACCUCUCCUGGGAAUCAUCUCCCAGUUUGUCUGUUUCAUAUCCUUGGGUUAAAAUAAAAAACAUAUAUUAAGAGA